CGUUGGGAUUCGUGGGGCAUCCACCUUUGCUGCUGGACGGUGGACGGCAUUGCGAUCAACGCGCGCGGCUGCCGAGAUGCAAAAGGACUCGCUCUACGUGCGGUUUGCGGCCGGUGCUGUCGCGUCCGCCACCGCCGAGAUGGCAACUUUGCCCGUGGAUAUCACGAAAGUGCGGUUGCAAGCUCAAGGCAUGGCGAGUGCAAGCAACGUCCUUGGUGCUUCUUCGUCCGUGAGAUACACGGGCAUGUUGGAUGCAGUACGGAAGAUUGCGACAGAUGAAGGCCCGACAGCACUGUGGAAAGGCGCGCGACCUGCCGUUGCACGUCAAUUCGUCUAUUCGAGCAUGUGCAUGGUGCUUUACGAGCCGUUCCGCGAUGCCAUCAUGCUGUUACAUGGGCGGAAUGCCGCAGAAGAGGGUGUUGCUGGCAUGUCUUUUGUCCAAAAGCUCAUGGCGGGCGGUCUUGCCGGUGCGUUCAGCAUCAGCAUUGCGAAUCCGGUCGAUGUGAUCAAGGUUCGCAUGCAGGCUGACCGAAGCGGAGUCUUGUACAGCGGCAUUGCCGAUGCCAUGACCAAAAUCUACAGAACUGAGGGAUUCCGGGGAUUCCUCAAGGGCGUGGGACCGAACGUGACCAGAGGCUUCAUUGUAAACGCCGCCGAGCUCGGCGUGUAUGACCAAGUGAAAACGUCGUUGAUUUCACACGGGAUCGUGAACGAAGGCGGGAUUGGUGCGACGUUCGGCGCGAGCUUGUUCGCAGGGUUCGCGGGAGCGGCCGCAUCAAAUCCAGUCGACGUACUCAAGACCCGCUUGAUGACGCAGCCGUCCGGCACCUCGGCACUGUACACGGGCAUGAUCUCGUGCGCCCGCCGCACGUUCCAAGAAGAAGGGGUCAAGGCAUUCUACAAAGGGUUCAUUCCGAACUGGAUGCGCAAAGCCCCGUGGUGUGUCGUCUUCUUUAUCACGUACGAAGAGAGCCGCGCGGCGCUGACGGCGCACGACAGCACUGCAGUCACAUUUGUCCUCAACCAGAAGAAAUUAUAACCCCACAAUCCAAGAAUGCAUUGAAAUGAAUGCUGACCACC